ACUUCCGGCCUUUGUGAGUCAUUGUGUCUGUGUCGAGGCGUCGGGAGGGCCUAGGUCCGUGUGCAGCGCACUUCGGCCGGCCUGAGCCCCAGAGUCAGCUCCCCUUUCUCGCCCAGCGUCCCCAGGCCGCUCCCGGGGCUCACGGAACGGCACCGAAACAUACCAGCAAACAUCUCCCAGGCCAGGAAGGAGAGCACAGACCCUAUUUGGAUCAAGUCCACCCCCUGAGCCUGAAUGAUGACUGCAGAGUCAAGGGAAGCCACAGGUCUGUCCCCCCAGGCUGCCCAGGAGAAGGAUGGGAUCGUGAUAGUGAAGGUAGAAGAGGAAGAUGAAGAAGACCACAUGUGGGGGCAGGAUUCUAGCCUGCAGGAGACGCCUCCUCCCGACCCGGAGAUUUUCCGCCAACGGUUCAGGCACUUCUGUUACCAGAACACUUUUGGGCCUCGGGAGGCUCUGAGUCGACUGAAGGAACUUUGUCAUCAGUGGCUCCGGCCGGAGAUCCACACCAAGGAGCAGAUCCUGGAGCUGCUGGUGCUGGAGCAGUUCCUUUCCAUCCUGCCGAAGGAGCUCCAAGUCUGGCUGCAGGAAUACCGUCCCGAUAGUGGGGAGGAGGCCGUGACCCUUCUGGAAGAUUUGGAGCUUGAUUUAUCAGGACAGCAGGUGCCAGGUCAAGUUCAUGGACCUGAGAUGCUCGCAAGGGGGAUGGUGCCUCUGGAUCCAGUGCAGGAGUCCUCGAGCUUUGACCUUCAUCAUGAGGCCACCCAGUCCCAUUUCAAGCAUUCAUCUCGGAAACCUCGCCUCUUACAGUCACGCGCUCUCCCUGCCACCCACGUUCCUGCCCCUCAUCACGAGGGCAGUCCCAGAGACCAGGCGAUGGCAUCUGCACUAUUCACAGCAGAUUCCCAGGCAAUGGUGAAGAUCGAGGACAUGGCCGUGUCCCUCAUCCUGGAGGAAUGGGGAUGUCAGAACCUGGCCCGGAGGAAUCUCAAUAGGGACAACAGGCAGGAGAAUUAUGGGAACGUGUUUUCCCAGGGUUGUGAAAACAGGAGUGAGAAUGAGGAGUCAACCUCAAAGGCUGAAAUCGCAGAAGACUCAGCGCCACGUGGGGAGACAACAGGAAGAUUCCAGAAAGAUUUUGGAGAAAAACGUGAACAGCAGGGCAGAACAGUAGAAAGGCAGCAGAGAAACCCUGAGGAAAAAACUGGAAGAGAAAAAAAAGAUUCGGGGCCAGCUACGGUCAAGGAAAAAAAAUCCACCGCGGGCGAGAGAGGUCCAAGGGAGAAGGGUAAAGGUUUGGGAAGAAGUUUCAGCCUGAGUUCAAACUUUAACACCCCUGAAGAAGCUCCAACAGGAGCAAAGUCCCACAGAUGUGAUGAAUGUGGUAAAUGCUUCACCAGGAGUUCAAGCCUUAUUCGCCAUAAAAUAAUCCAUACCGGAGAAAAGCCCUAUGAAUGUAGUGAGUGUGGGAAAGCCUUCAGCCUCAACUCAAACCUGGUCCUGCAUCAGAGAAUCCACACAGGAGAGAAACCUCAUGAAUGUAACGAGUGUGGCAAAGCCUUCAGUCACAGUUCAAAUCUCAUUCUCCAUCAGCGGAUCCACUCUGGAGAGAAACCCUAUGAAUGUAACGAAUGUGGGAAGGCCUUCAGCCAGAGCUCAGACCUGACUAAACAUCAGAGGAUCCACACGGGGGAGAAGCCCUAUGAAUGUAGUGAAUGUGGGAAAGCUUUCAACCGAAAUUCAUACCUUAUUUUGCAUCGGAGAAUUCACACCCGAGAAAAGCCCUAUAAGUGCACUAAGUGCGGCAAGGCCUUCACGCGGAGCUCGACCCUCACUCUGCAUCACAGGAUCCACACAGGAGAGAGGCGUUACAUCUGUGCCGAGUGCGGAAAAGCCUUUAGUAAUAGCUCAAAUCUUACCAAGCACCGGAGAACGCACACUGGGGAAAAGCCAUAUGUGUGCACCAAAUGUGGGAAAGCUUUCAGCCACAGCUCAAACCUCACCCUCCAUUACAGAACACACUUGGUGGACCGGCCCUAUGACUGUAAGUGUGGGAAAGCCUUUGGUCAGAGCUCAGACCUCCUUAAACAUCAGCGAAUGCACACGGAAGAGGCGCCUUAUCAGUGUAAAGAUUGCGGAAAAGCUUUCAGUGGGAAAGGCAGCCUCAUCCGACACUAUCGGAUCCACACUGGGGAGAAACCUUACCAGUGUAACGAGUGUGGAAAGAGCUUUAGUCAGCACGCAGGUCUCAGUUCUCACCAGAGGCUCCACACCGGAGAGAAGCCGUACAAAUGUAAGGAGUGUGGGAAAGCCUUCAACCACAGCUCAAAUUUUAAUAAACACCAUAGAAUCCAUACCGGGGAGAAGCCCUACUGGUGUAAUCACUGUGGAAAAACCUUCUGUAGUAAGUCCAAUCUUUCCAAACAUCAGCGAGUCCACACCGGAGAGGGAGAAGGGCUUUAACUUGAGAAAUACAAUGAUUUUGGGAACAGCCUCGCUGUGAGUUCUAACCUUAUUUCACAUCAGAGACUUCCUGUGGGAGACAGACCCCAUAAGUGCGAUGAAUGUAGCAAGAGCUUUAAUCGAACUUCAGACCUCAUUCAGCAUCAGAGAAUCCACACUGGAGAGAAGCCCUACGAAUGUAGUGAGUGCGGGAAGGCCUUCAGCCAGAGCUCGCACCUCAUUCAGCAUCAGAGAAUCCACACCGGAGAGAAGCCGUACGAAUGUCACGAUUGUGGGAAGACCUUCAGCUGCAGCUCUGCCCUCAUCCUCCAUCGAAGGAUCCACACCGGGGAGAAGCCCUACGAGUGUAGCGAAUGUGGGAAGACCUUUAGCUGGAGCUCUACCCUCACUCAUCACCAGAGAAUCCACACUGGAGAGAAGCCGUACGCCUGUAAUGAAUGUGGGAAGGCCUUCAGUAGGAGCUCUACCCUCAUCCAUCACCAGAGAAUCCACACUGGAGAGAAGCCCUAUGAAUGUAACGAGUGCGGGAAGGCCUUCAGCCAGAGCUCGCACCUCUAUCAGCACCAGAGAAUCCACACCGGAGAGAAGCCCUAUGAAUGUAUGGAAUGCGGAGGAAAGUUUACCUACAGUUCAGGCCUUAUUCAGCAUCAAAGAAUCCACACGGGGGAGAAUCCCUACGAAUGUAGUGAGUGUGGGAAAGCCUUUCGAUACAGCUCAGCUCUGGUCCGCCAUCAGAGAAUUCACACCGGAGAGAAGCUUGAAUGUAAUGGGAAUGAGCAAAAGUUCUCUCAGAGUCGCUGCCCAGCUCAAUAUCGAAGAGUCUACCUGAGAGAGAGCCGCACGCCUGUUUUCCUCACUUCCUCUGAGUCUGACGAGCUCCUGCCUUACUACUUAAGUAUGAACAUCUUAGAACGUGUCCCUUCCGGCUCAAACCUUUCGCUUUAGAGAACGGGGCACAUGGGGGAGAUCAUCCCGGCACACCCUCGUGACGAGCUACCUGGUCGCUUUCCCCGAGGAGUGACACCCAGAGGCGAGCAGCAGGUUGAGUGCUGGGCACGCCAGGGAAGCUCUGGGACCGGUCACCUUCCAUUUUGGAAGGGAGUUUGCACUAGCCCGUUUCUCUCACACCAGAGGAGCCUUUCCUUCCAAGGUGGGGAGUGGAAGCACAGUAGGAAGAAAUUCCAAGGACUCCUCUGGUUGGAGUCUGUGUAGUCGGCACCGAAGGCAGUGGAAAGAAUGUUCCGGGUCCUGCUGUUUGCUAACAAGGGGACACAGAGGCUGUAUUUCAAAGCCACUGUCCCUAAUCCAGCUUUAGGUUCUGGUAAGGAACCUUUGCUAUUUGUUGUUACUAUUUUUGUUCCAUGAUUUCGGCAAUUAAUGGAAAUUUGGUGCUGAGGGAUUUGUUAUUUUAUUGGGGGGGGGGUUCCGUGAGGUUUUCUGUGAUAACUGUAUUUUGGGGAGCUCUUGGAGCAGCAGGCCCGUUUCCAAGAGCAGUGAGGCGAUUUUGUUGGAGAGCUCCUUGUCCUUCUCUACUGUGAUGGGUCUGAUUGGGAAAUCCAUCUGAUGAAGAAAGUCUCACAGGGAGAGGAUUGAAAGCAUUAAGUGUUGGCCUGCUUCUGUUCUCCUCUCUCCCUGUUCCUCUCCCCGCUCCUAUGCUGAAAAGUGAUGUAAUCCAAACCCCCAGUUGCUAAGACUAGAAUGCUUUUAAGGAGCCCACUCAGCCAGCUUGCCCUGCCCUCUGUCACCUAUGACCUAUGACAUCUGGCCCCAGCAGCCGGACCUCCCGUGACCCCAU